AUGUCGUCGACCCGCGCCAAUGAGUACGACAGCGGGAAACGAAACAGUAACGCAUCACAGCUGCCAUUGCCAAUACUCCCAGUUCACAACCAGGAAGGCAACAGAAAUCUCGAAGUCACCACAAGCAAAGGCCACCUCUAUCUUCUCGACCAGUUUCGCGACAAAGUACCGCUACGCAUUCGCAACCAACUUAUCGCUAUGAUCUCUGAGUUUGUGGGAACUUUCUUCUUCAUGCUCAUUGGGCUAGGCGGCAAUUCGGCGGUCAUCAACAACACAGCGGCUGCUGCACAGUUCAAUGGAGGUGAUCCUUCAGCAGAUCCUGCUAAGAUCCUUCUCAUCGCUACAGUUUGGGGCGUGGCUGUAACGGUAAAUGCCUGGACCUUCUUCAGGAUCAGUGGUGGGCUCUUCAAUCCCGCUGUAACUAUGGCAUUGGUGCUCAUUCGCGCCGUACCACCACUUGAUGGUCUUCUCGACGUCUUUAGCCAGCUUGCAGCAUCUAUCCUAGCAAGCGCCAUCACUUAUGGACUCCUACCUGAAGGUGCUCUGGCAGCCACUGAGCUGGGAGAGAGCACCACAGUCACGCAGGGGCUGUUUAUCGAAAUGUUCAUUACCGCCCAAGUAGUUGUUUCCGUUUUCAUGUUGGCAACGGAAAAACACAAGGCUACGUUCAUCGCGCCCGUCGGCAUCGGAUUGGCUGUGUUCGCUUGCGUUCUCAUGGCGUCAACCUACACCGGCGCAGCCAUCAAUCCGGCUCGAUCUUUCGCUGUCUGUGUGGUACAAGGAAGCUUUCCACACUACCAUUGGAUCUAUUGGGUUGGUCCCGGGCUGGGUGCAUUGUUAGCGACUGCUUUCUACCAGUUGAUACGCAAGCUGGAGUACUGGACGGUGAAUCCCAAUUUAGACGACUACGAGACGAAAACCGCAGGUUCUUCAAUGCUGCUAUACAGAUGCGAAAACCCCAUGUGUGCAGCGGUGUAGCUACGUUGGAAGCGUUCACAGGACUACAGUAAGGAAGCAUUGCGGCACCACAACAGCCAUGAUGGUCUGGGUCGAUUGCAACAGAACGGUAGCUUUAGUUGUCAGUCCGGCUUCCAACUCCAAGAAAGAAACAAUGCGGAUGCGAUAAGGUCGGACAUGUUGGUGCACGGACCGUCCGAACCGAAGCCUUUGGUACCGCGUCGUGCCCGAAACCUGGUAAACCCCGGAUGCCAUCCUCAUCCACCAACAUGUGAGGCAAUCCCAAUUUAUUUCACCGAAUGCCAGGCUCUACGGUCUUCAUUCACCUUCCUCUUUAACAUUACUGCGCCGCUUGCAAAGGAUGCGGGCAACACGAGGCGUCCACUACAGACCUUGUUUAUCCGAGAUGCCGGUUGCUGGUGCCUCUUGGCGGGGACACAGCGCGCCUUGGGAGGCU